AUGGCUAGCAUUGACGAAUCGGGAGAAGUGUACUGUGACAAGGAAGUCGUGACUAAAGUGUUUGCUAGACUGACAACCAAGUCUGAAAACAGGGCAUGCUUCGACUGUGGCGCCAAAAAUCCUACCUGGACUUCAGUUCCGUUCGGUGUUCUUCUUUGCAUCGAUUGUUCCGGUGAGCACAGAAAUAUGGGUACCCAUAUUACUUUUGUGAAGUCAAGUAAUUUGGACAAAUGGACUGUCAACAAUUUGAGAAGGUUCAAACUUGGUGGUAACGAUAAGGCAAAGGAUUUUUUCUUAAAGAACAACGGCAAACAAUAUUUGGGUUCUUCUAGCAACCGGAUGGCUAAAUAUACAAGCCAGGUAGCCAAGAAAUGGCAGAGCCAUUUGAAUCAAAAAGUGGCUAGAGACGCUGAACAACAUCCAGGUGAAAUUGUAUUUUCAGCAGAAGAUGAACAAGAAUUCACAGGGGGCAGUUCUGGUUCUUCAAAGAGCAACAGCGUUGAUGAUUUCUUCUCAAACUGGGAAAAGCCUGUAAACCAAAGUAACAUAUCUUUGACGUCAUCUCCUAGAAAUUUAACACCAACCAAUACUGGCAAUAGGAAUGGUUCUUCUAUUCUGUCCGGAAGUGGUUCUGCCAACAAAACCAGCAACGGUGCUAGAUCCACUACAACUAAGAGAACUACUUUGACAGGAUCAGCAGGCUCUUCUCAAGCAAAGAAACAUUCCAUCCUUUCCUCCUCUCGUAAGUCAAAGAAACCGGUUGCAGCCAAGAAGGUGGAUGCUGAUUUGUUUGAUCAAUUCGAAAAAGAAGCCAAGGAAGAGGAAGAAUUGGCCUCAAGUCUCGCCACCACUUCCCUUAACUCCAAUAAUUUAUCGAAUUCCAUAUACGAUGCCACUCCUGCGCCAUUCCAACAAAAAUCUGGUUUCAGCUCUAGCAGCAAAAUAACCAAGCCAUCUACCAAUGUCGAAGACGCGGAGGACGACGAAUGGUCCAACAGAUACAAUGAUGGUAUUACUUUCGAUCAAAUCAAUGCUUCCAAUGUAGGAUUAACUGGAAGCAAAGAUGCGGCAAAACCAAAGUUGGCUAAACUUGGGUUUGGUAUGACUUCCAAUAAUGCAGAAAAGGAACAAAACAAAACUAACGAAUCAAGGAGGGCUGCCUCUGGUCCAAAGUACACAGGUAAGAUUGCCCAAAAAUUCGGAGAACAAAAGGGUAUCUCUUCAGACCAGGUGUUUUCUCGUGGAAGCUACGAUGACGAGGCAAGUAAAGAAGCUCAAGAAAAACUCAGACAGAACUUCAGUAAUGCCACAUCUAUUUCUUCAGCCUCAUACUUUGGCGAAGGCCAGAGCGAAGAUCAGUUCGACGAAUUUGGAAGACCAUUGAAUCCACAAAAUGGAACAAGAACAAACAGAAGCGGUUCUCUUGGCGGACGAAACUUCAUGGAGUUCACGUCUGGUGCUGAUGACGAAUUUGACCUGUUGAAGAACGCUGUUGAACAAGGAGCGCAAAAGCUAGGAAACUACCUAAGAGAUUACAUGAGAAAUUAA